UGCUGAGCAAGCGAGCACGACUUCCGCCCAGCUGAGCCAAUGGCGUUACAGACUCGCAGGCUGCAUGAAGCAUCGUCGCAGUGUACUCACACACGGGACGGGAAGCGCCGCUCUUGGUCGCAGGCUACCUGAGAUCCACGCAAGGCGAGCUGCUCGACCAGGGUGACCGCCCUCUUCAAGGACCGCCAGCGGUUUCCCUUCCUCGGGGGCGCAACGAACGUCACGACAGGUGACCCUCAACAAUGUGUGACACUGUGGAAAACCAUUCAUCUCUCCUUGUGGAGAACUGAGUUGUCGCUCACCAAGGCAGCUGAGGAAGAUGCUGGGUUCAGAGCGCGGUGUUGUCGAAGAAUGGCUCUCAGAAUUCAAGUCCUUACCAGAAACCCAACUCGCAAGUUAUGCCAGCAGUCUUCAUUUGAAGAAGUCCUUGGUACCGGCACUGUACAGGGUCAUCCAAGAUCCGGGCAAUGAGCUGUUGGAGCCCGUGUGCCACCAGCUGUUCGAGCUGUACCGCAGCUCCGAGGAGCGCCUGCGGCGUUUCACCAUGCAGUUUCUGCCCGAGCUGGUGUGGGUGUAUCUGCGAGUCACGGCCAGCAGAGAUCGGCAGAGUAAUGGGUGUAUUGAAGCCCUACUCCUGGGAAUCUACAACUUGGAGAUUGUGGACAAAGACGGCAACAGCAAGCUCCUUUCCUUCACCAUCCCCUCGUUAUCGAAACCAUCCAUUUAUCAUGAGCCUUCGAGUUUGGGGUCCAUGGCCUUGACAGAAGGGGCUCUGUGUCAACACGACUUGAUUCGCGUGGUGUACAGUGGCCUCCACCCUCAGAGAGAGACCUUCACGGCUCAGAACAGGUUUGAGGUGCUGUGUUUCCUCAUGCUGUGCUACAAUUCAGCAGUUGUCUACAUGCCGCUGUCCUCCUAUCAGUCGGUCUGCAGAAUGAGCUCACGGUUGUGUGUAUGCGGUUUCCCGCGGCAGCAGCAGAAACUCUGGAGGGAGCCUUCCAACCGCGUGCUUUUGGACCCGGAGUUCAUGGUGCAAAUGCUGACUGCUGUUUAUCAUGCCAUCUACAACGGAGAGUGGGAGAUGGGUCGAGAAGCCCUGGAGGAUGUUCUGUACAGAGCCCAGCUUGAGCUUUACUCUCAACCAUUGCUACUGGGCAAUGCCAUGAAGAACUCCCUCCCAGAGAGUGCCCCCAAUGAGCCGCAAGGGCGCAAGGUUCUGCAGGUGGAAGUGACGCCCACCGUUAGCCGCAUUUCCAUCUCUGCCAUCACCACCGCGUCCAUCCGACGCCACCGCUGGAAGAGAGAAGGCCUCAAGAAGGAGCUUUUAGAUUGUUUUGACUACUCGAGCGAUGCAGAGUUGAGCGUCGCCGUCACUCGUCCUAGCCCCACCCAACACCCGUCAGCCAAUGAGCAGAGAGACGGCGGCCCUCACAACCACCAUCACCACCACAGCAGCAACGUCAUUCCCCCCAUCACGCUCGAGGAUGCCGACGGUAUGAGCGGUGGUGAGGAUUCUUUCAACGCCAACGACCCAGAUGAGGGUUUCUCUUCCGGGGCGUCCAACAGCAGCCAGCCCUGCGGCACCAGGGCAAGCGGCACGGGUGGACCGAAGGCCGGCGGCGGUCUCAAGAAAGCCAUCACGGCCCGCCUUUCCCGGGACAAAGACCGAGACCGGCCCGAGGUGUCCAAGCAGCCGGACGCCAUGACAGAGGUCAAACGCCAGAGGAAGCCGUCGCCGCCGGCUAGCAUCCGACUGGACGCCAUCCAGCUGAGUCCCAUCAAGAAGCACUUGAGCUUCCCCUCCGGACCCCCACUGGUAAGGACCGGCAGCGCCUCCUCCAGCAAGUCUUUCGACUGCACUGCCUUCAGCCUGAACGGCGGUGGCCGGGAACAGGAGGGCGUGGACGAGGAUGGCGGGCGGCCUGUCACUGGGUCCCACCGCCACUCCACCAUCAGCCUGCAGGAGGGACAACUCAUCAGGCCCUCAGACGACCCCCUUUUGUCCCCCGGGGCCCCCCUCAGCAGGCAGUCGCGGUCCCCCAGCUUCAACAUGCAGAUCAUAUCGCAGGUUUAACAUGGGCAGUGGAUGGAAAAAACGACUACACACUCCUGUUCAGAUGACUGCUUUUUGAGAUGGAGAAAUAAAAUAUGACAAUUUCAUUUUUUUUCCCCACCUUAAAGGAAAACUACACCAAAAAUAUUGAAAAUGACUUUUUUUUCUAUGGGGUGAGACUUUGAUGCAUUAAUUAUGACUAAUUGAUUACAAUAGAUUACAAUGACACUUAAACUUUAGAUACAGGUUUUAGCCCAAAUAUUUUUAUUUUUUUAUUUUUAUUUUUUUGGUAUUGAAUUGCAAAUAAUUGCAGUUUUCCAUGUUAUAUUGCCUGAUAUAUCCACUAAAAUCCUUUUUUUUAAAUGUAGCUUUUAGGGCAAAUAUUGCUAUGCGAUUAAUCAGGAUUAAUUCAUUACAAAGCCUCUAAUUAAUUGGAAUAUUUCUUUUUAAUCAUGUCCCACCCUCAAUUUUUUCAUGAAUAAUUUACCUAAACCUCAUAAAAUUAUUUGGGCAUUUUGCGAGAGUUCUCAGCAAAACAUUGGUGCAUAUCGUAAUACAGCGUGUGGUUACCAUAGUAACUAUAUGGCCACAUGUGAUUGGUUAUCACAAAAAUGCUUAGUUUUGGUGUAAACCAUGCUACUUUUUGUUCAUAUUUGGUCGGUAGAUACUCACAUUUUAAAUCUUUUUGAAAAAAAGUUGUUUUUACAGUUGCCAAUGCAACUGGUGUUGUCCAAUCAGGAUUCAGCUGUCAAUAACUAGAAAACUAAAGCCGAUUAUUUCAAAAUACUCAAUUAGACUAAUAAUAUAAGUGUGGCAAAUUUGAGAGGAAAAUAUCGGUAUCUCUCACGUUAGAGUGAAAUUAGUAUACAAAUGCAGAUAAAACAUUGUGGUGAAUUGACCAUUACAAAAAAAAAAUACAUUUUUGGUGUAGUUUUCCCUCACUUGCUGCCAUUGACGGCAAUAGGUGUCCAUCCUUAGACUGAGAGGGUUGCCAGCCAAUGAUUUAACUCAUGAGUUUUAAAAAAAUAUUUUAACUUGAUUUUUUUUUUUUUUUUUUAAUAUCCACCCUAAAACGUUGACAUAUGAACCAUGGAUGUGUAGCCUAUUUUUUAAUAUCCACUUUUAUAUUCAAUCCUGUACAAGUAAACAUCUCAAUGUGGCGAUCCGAUGACAUUUCACCUUUCUUUCCGUUGAGUCGGCAUUCAAUCGGCAAUAACGCUUGUCGUCGUUCCCUCGCCAUUCCGGGCUCACGUGCAAUCACUGUUGCUUGCUAAAUCUUCCUCCUUAAUUGCUGUUUUUUAAUCCCUUGAUGCGUGAAUUUAAAUUUAACAAAUAUACAUUGGUACAUAAAAAUAGUAUUAUUACUAAAUAUAAUAAUUAAAUAAAAAAGAUACAGCUAAAAAUUGGAAAGUCUUUAAAAUAAAAUAUUGUAUAGGUCAGGAAAAUAAGAAAAUAUUUGACUCACUGCCUGCCAUUGACAACAAUAGAUGUCCAAAUAAUUUAAACUGGGAGGACUGGCUCAUGUUUCAGUGGUUUUGAUGGCGAUAGACGUCCAAUCCAUUUUUACUGGGAAGUCAAAAUACAUUGGACAUCUAACUACUAAAUAUAAAAAGGAAUUAAUGUAGUACUCUUUAAUUUUAUACACAUUUGAAAAUGUUGUCUUUUAAAUUUUUGUCUAGCUUUUUUUUUUUUAACGAUUUUUGUGAAGUUAAAAUUUUCCUUUUUUUUUUUUUGUUUUUUUGUAUAUUUCAUUUUGAUUUUAUAUAUUUAAAUUAUUACUAUUUUUAUGUACUUAUUUAUUUCCCCCAAUGCUUUUAGAUGCAUACUGUUAAAUGUAAAUUCAGGCAUCAAGGUGUUAAUAAGAAUCUUACUUUAAGGAGAUUUUUGUUAUUUUUUUAAGUGACAAUCCAAAGAAAGAUGAUCGGUUGUUUGUCAGGCAAAAUUAUUUUUGAAGUAUAACGGUAUUUUAAGCUCCAUCUGUGCUGUUAAACCAAACUGGAAGUAUAGAGAAGUGACCUGAUUCGCUAACUGGACUUUAGAAAAUCACUACUGAGGUUAUUGAUAAAUGUAAAGUAUAAAUAUAUUUUAGAAAAUAUGUUUCUGUGUGUAAACAUCCUAGAGUUUAUGCAGAUGGAUCUUUAUGCUGGUCUUGUGCGUCCUCUAGUGGCGACUGGCUUUCACAGCAAUCCGUGGAACAUUUUUUUUGCUCUACCUCAUGUGUUGGUCAUCAAUUGGUUAAAUUAAAAUAGCUCAUUGUCGUGAAAUCCAUUUAAAUGUCUUAAUUUUUCUUUUUAAAGUGCCAUUUUUAAAAAAAAAUGUGCUGUCCACUCGCCUUAGCUUCACCCCGCCGUAUUUUUGUUACCGCACGUGCCAACACUUAUUCUGCCCUUAAACGCAAUUUGAUCGCAUGUCUUAAAUUCUCAUGUUACACUGCCAUUGACGAUGAUGGACGUCCAAUGUAUUUGAAGUGAGAGGGUUAGCAGCAAAGAACACCCUCCCAUUUCAAUUGGAUUGGACGUCCAUCGUCGUCACUGGCAGCCAAUAUUUUAAGCACGUUUCAUUUUGGUCUUUCAUUUCCAGCUUGCAUGUGCGAUAGUUUUUUUUUUUUAGUUUUCCAAUCAUUGUGAUGCACUUUAAUCCAUCUAGCUCUCCGAGGACGUUAUUCAAAAAGAUGAAUAUAUAUAAAUAAAUA